CUAGGGGGGCUGCUGCGGAGCGAGCCCUCCCGAGCCCCGGCCGGGCAGACGGGCGCGAGCCCAGCGGCCCAGCCCGGGCUCGCUCUGCGGAUGAAGCUCGCCUGCAAUUGCAAACUUUCCUGGCUCGAUUGCCAUUGGCCGCGGCCCGGCCAAUCGCGAGCGCCCUUCGCAAACAAUGCAACUUUUUUUUUUUUUUUCCCCUGCCCCGCUCGGAGCCCGGCUGCUGCGCUCGGGCUAUUUCGGGGCGAGCCCCUCCCCGAGCUGUUCGUGCGCCGGGCCCGGGCUGGGGAGGCCGCCGCAGGUGCACCGGCCGCGGAAAGCCCGGAGCGCACGGGGCUGCAGCCGGAGCGCACGGGGAUGGGCGGCGCUCAGCGGCUCGCUGGCUCCUGAGAUCAUGGCCCCGAGGGAAGCCCCCGCGCCCUGCCCCUCCUCCAGCUGAAGGAGCAGCCGGCAGGAAGCCGCUGCCUGCAUGCGAGAGCGGCCGAGCCCGGCUGCGACGCCCGCUGCCUUGGCUGGAGCGAUGGCCGCGUUGCCCCGCUGACCCCCGGCAGCAGGCUCCAUGCCGGGGCUCCAUCAGCGGCUCAACACCAUUUACGAGUCGGAUUCUGUUUUCUCCCCAGAUGGAAUUAAAGGCGGAGACGCGAGUGUGAGCUUGGCCCCGGGGAGCGGCGCCUCCAGCCAGACUGCUGUGAACCUGUGCGUCUCCCUGCGGGUGCCUCAGGCUGUCCCCAUGGACCUGCGGAUCGGACAGCGCUUCGUCAAGCCCGGCUCCGACACCGCCCUGCUGGCUCUCAAGCAGACCCAGCAGCUGCAGCACCAGCUCUUCUUGGCCAGCCUGCACCAGCAGCAGGUGGAGCAGUUCACCCACCAGCACAUGCGGGUGAACAUGGACUCCCCACAGCGAGAGGCAGAGGCUGGUCAGCAGGAGCAGGAGCUGCGGCUACUCCUCAAUAAGGACAAGAGCAAACGAAGCUCAGGAGCUGAGCAUGAUGGGAUAGGUGGAAGUGACAUCACACCCUCCCAGAGCGUGGGAACUGCUGACACUGUGGAAACAUGCAAACGACCAGGUGUGGCUGAGAACAGUGUGAUGAAUGCUUGGCCACGCGGGAGCUUUGGAAAUCAGUUGUGGUUCUUCUAGCCAGCUGGGCUGCCUGCCAGAGCCGUCACUCCACAGAAUGCCUUCUGUGCACUUUCAUCCACCAACUUCCUGCUGGGAGGAACCCCCGGCGAGCUCCUGACUGGUGAUCUUUGCAGUGAGCUCUCCUUAUGCAGCAGGUAGAAGCAGGCAGUGUGCACAGUUCUGGGGCAGUUUGGGGAGGACUGGCACUGACCAGCAAUGAGGUCUCAGCUGGUUUGGUAUCUGUUUAAUGGGUCAGUGCUGACCCCAGCAGGCAUAGGUCUGCACUGGAGUUGAAAGGUGUAAUUCCUAGCUCAGAUAGACAUACAUUAAAGUAGCAUUCACAGCACAGGAGGUGGUACAGGCUAGUCAAGCAACUACAAUCUGGAUGCGCUUGGGUUUCAGACUUGGGGUAGCUAGCCCCUCCUGCCACUCGAGCCACCAUAGCUACACUUCUAUCUAGGGACAAAAUUAGAAAGGCCAAGGCACAAAAUGAGAUCAUAGAAUAUCAGGGUUGAAAUCUGUCACUUAACUUUCAAACGCCUGAACAGCAAAUAUAACUUUUCUUGUCUGCAUA